UCCUGCGUCCCUGCCCUGUGCCCCUGCCCUGCGCCCCUGGAUCCCCAGCCCCCAGCCAUCAACCCCCUGAUGCCGGGGCCGGGACCGGGGCCAGGGCGCCAGGCGGCGGCCAGCAGAAGGAUGAAGGGCUCGGUAGAAGGAAAGAAAGAAAAGCUCCUGGAAACGCCGAAAACCCUGCUUAGCCCCCAUUUCACAUGCACACGAGAUGGAGAGAGUGAGGCUGAAUUUCAACCUGAGGACUUUGAGGGAAAACCUGAAAGAGAAAAGAAGCAUGCCAGUUUCACUUUGUGCAACGUGUGUAACAUUCAGCUGAAUUCUGCUGCCCAGGCACAAAUCCACUACCAUGGCAAAUCACAUCAAAAGAGAUUAAAACAACUCUGCAAGGGGAUGCCCAAAAAUGACAAUGGUGGUGACUGGGGGCUCGAACCUGGAUCCUCGAGCAUUGCAACAUACAUUCAACCAGUGAAAAAGCAGAAGCCCAUAGAGGUCAAGUCGCCAUCAGUGUCGCAGUCUCAUGAGUGCUUAUUCACAAUGUCCAGCUACCUGAGUGAUUCCCAAUGUCUGGUUUCUAUGCUGAGCCAGCAUAUUUUUGAUGCUGUAGACUUUCAAGGUUAUAAACCUAAAAGUCUGACAUAUUUAGAGCUGUAUCACGAAAGCACUCCUCAUGGCAGUAUUGUCCUCUGCUCUCCAAAUGUACACGGUCACUUAGGUCAGGAGAACAAAUCUGAUCCCAUGGUACUAAAAACCCUCCAGGAAUCCACAGUCAUGGUGUUUUACUGCAAAUGCAAAUGGAUCAUAGAAAUUAAACUGAGCUUUAAUUGUGUUAACAGUUGCUCUUAA